AAUAUAUUUUUCAUUAGGCUCUGAUCAUCUCUCCAUUGUCUGUGGCUCAUCUGGCAUUUCACAUAUCACAAAAUACUGACCAUUUAAGCAAGUGGUAAUUUGAGUCCAUUUAAGUUCAACUGAAGGCCAAGUGGCCUUGCCCCAAAAAUGAUGAUAUUCAAAACCUGAUUAUAUGUUUGUGUCUUUCUGUAGGGGCAAGCAGAAGUAAGGGUGAAAUGGUUACCUUGCUCUGCAUGUGGAAAAAUCUGGGAGGAGACAUGGGAGCCGGCCUGCCAGUUUCCACCAGGUGCCAACCAUGUGUGACGUCACCCAUUGGUCUGUAAUUCAAUAUGAGUUGAAUACCUGUUAUGAGUUGUCGAGUUACCCAUUAUGGGCACAGCCAUCCUGGUUGCGGAUGUGACUAUUUUAGACGAGAAGGAGGAGCCACGUUACGUUACACACUUUCAAUGGUUUCCACCCUAACAUGCUGUCAUGCUGUUUUUUUUCUUUAUUAUUGAUUUUUGUAAAAAAAAGCUGUGUUCAAAUAAAUCAAAGUAUACCUAUAUUUCUGUUUGUCUUUCCAUUCACCUUGUGGGUUAGCCAAUCAGCUGAAAUCUUCUUCAACGCGUCAAAUUAUAUAUUGCAAUAUGAUGCACAAAAGUAUGUAGGAAGGUGGGACAUGUUUUCAUUUAUAUUAAUUGACACCAUUAAGAGACAGUUGAUUCCACCAGCUAAACCAUAUAUAUUAUGGGGAAGCACAGGCGAAGCACUGCUACUUGGGCGCAGAGAUAUUUGUGGAUUUCAUCUGUUACGUGAUAUCUCUGCGCCCAAGUAGCAGUGCUUCGCCUGUGCUUCCUCAUUAUAUAGUCCCAAGUCAAUAUCUGCUUAGGAAAUCACCUAGUCUUAAUCUGCAUCGCUAUUUGUAUUCAUUGUGAAUACGCAGGCCAGUAAUUAAGUAAUUAGGUGUUUUUUGUUUUUGUUUUUUUGGAUCACUUUUACUUGGGACAUGCUAGCUGGCAACAUAGGAUUCCAUUCAUUAUGCUAAGCUAAGCUAGCUGCCAAUCUAAAACAAUGCAUGCACUGAGACAAAAAUGUAUUUGCCCACAUAUCUAAAUGUAUGAAAAAGUUGAAUAAGCCCUAUUUCUAAAAACGGUGGAAUGUUCCUUUAAGGGUCAUGGGUUUGAUUGUCCAUUUCCAACUAUCCUUUCACCCUCUGCCUUCUCUGCUAUCCCUGGACUGUCCCUGUAUUAAAAGCAAUGGAAAUGCCACAAAAGAAGUCAGUGGUAGUGGAAUUGCAAUGUUGGAUUUCUGGAUUUCUAUUAUGUUUGUAUUUUUCUCUUACUCUCUUUGAAGAUUGUAAUAUGCAAAGGCUUGAGGAUCUUCUUCGGGAUUCAGAGAGCAUUGAUGGGCAGGAUUUUGCUCAGCAGCCACCAUUGUCCAGUUGGUGUCAAAGACAGAAAGAGGUCCAACAAUGUUGGCAACAGGCGAGGCCACAAAACAUUGACAACUUGCUGUCAGCUGAGAACAUCUUCCAGAUGACAUGUAAUCACUGUCACGUGAGAGAAGCCAUCAUUCGUUGUGGGGAAUGUUUGCCCUCAGAGUGGUUUUGUGCAGAGUGUGAUCAGUUGGUACAUAAACACCACACUCUGCACAGUAGGCAAACCAGCAUGUAUGGCUUUUAUAAAUACAUUCCUCCAACCGAAUUUGUGAAACUCCAUGAUGGCAAGUACAUCGUCUGUGAACAAGGAAAUGCAGCAUCCAGUCCGGUUGAUGCUCAUGGUUUGCAGAUCUCCAUCGAAGCACUCUUUGUGAGCAUUUGUCAGAAGAAGCACUACCUUUACAGACAGAAUGACCGCAACAAAAGGUGUCAGAAGAUUAGUCAGAAGAUUGCCCAAGAAAGGAAACGCUUGCUAGAAGAGAUCCAGAGAUACAACCAACAACCUGAUGGUGAUCUUGUGGACACAAUCUCAGUUGUGCAGAAACUCUCCAACAAAGCUGCAGAGAGCAUGAUCUGGCCUUGGCAGGAACAGAACACAGAUGGUGUCGACAUUAUCACCAAGAAGAAGCUCUUUGACCAACUAAUGCUUGUCUCACGACUGACAGAAGAAAAACAGAUCCUUGUGAAGGAGAUGAUGCAGCACUGUCAGUACCUUAAGGACUGAAGGACAGAAAAGGUUCAGUCACUGAUGGCCACCGUUUCAGUGUGCACACAAACAGGAAGCUAUACGAAUGGAUUCACAGAGGAGGGGUCCAAGGGCCUCAUCAGUCUACUUAAGAGAAGACUGCAAGACCUCAGACUCAGACAGCAGACUGUAACAUGCACAUACAGAGGCAUUCUUGAACCAACUCCUAGGCUGGUGGAAGAGGAGGAAGGGGAAAUGGAUGAAGAAUUGGAUUGGCUACGUGACAUCAGCUAUGAUGAUGAUGAUAUGAUGAUGAUGAUGAUGAUGAUGAUGCAGAGUUGGGGACUCGAAUCAGACUCAGGUCACAGUUGUAAUCACUUUUGCUUUGACUUGUACUUUGAUGAUUUGAAAAGGUUUCUAAAGUCUUGACAAAAGUCUUGACUGUGAUUUUGUAAAUUAGUUCGAUUGCUACAUAUGCUCUCAUAUUCUACUCUCUUUUAUGUUACUGGAAUUGUGAUAGUCAUGGUUAUGUAUGCAACUGAUAAUGUCUGUAAAUACUUGCUGAUAACUGUAUGUAAACAGAAAUACAAAUGUGAUUUGUCAUCUGA